CCUUGUGAGUGUAAUCUUACACUUCUAAUAGAUUCUGCCUGUAACAAAUACAGUAAAUGAAAAGGCUAAAUUAUGCCAUUCCUAUUUUCAAAUAUAAACUUCUCUGUCAAGAGGAAAUUAAUAUAAUGCAAAUAUAUUUGGGAUUAUUCCAUGGUUGAAUCAGCAAAAGACUGCAUAAGCAUCUGCAGAAGCAGUUUUGUGAGUAGAAAGAUUGAAUAGCUGUCCAUAGGUGCUGUUAUAGUGGAAUCCCUUUGCUCAAUAUUCUCCUGUCCAAUGAGGUGGAAUGUUUCAAAGGCACAUGGUUUAUGCUGCUCAAAAUAACUUGGGACCUGCAAACUGACAAAUGCUAUUGCUCCGGUGGUGACAGGUUGUCCGGCUUCUUACAGCCAUCCUCACUAUAACUAAGGUUAACUCCUUUCACCUAUGGACUUCUAGUUGUUUCUGUUCCUAAGGACCUGAAGAAUUCCUGUGCUUCUAUAACUUUAAUUUUAUACUUCUGGAUAAUUGCAUUGCUGCUGAGUGCCAGAGUUGGACAUCAACAUCUGGAGAAAUUGAAAAAGCAUGCAAGACAACAGUUUAGAAUCUUCCACUUCAAUAUCUCAACUUCUGAGAGAGAGUUAUUUAGCUGAAACCAGACAUCAAGGGAACAGUGAAAGAAGUAGAUCAGAAGCAUCUCCACACACUUUCCAUUAUGGCAGUACUUCUGGGGCUUCUGAGGAAGUAGAUGGCCAAGAUGACCUUCCAGAUCUCUCUGCCUUUUUGAGCCAAGAAGAAUUAGAUGAAAGUGUAAAUCUGGCAAGACAAGCAAUUGAUCAAGAUCCACUUGAAAAACAGGAUGAGCAACAGACACAUGUACAUUAUAGCUCUGAUCAAGUGAAAAACUGUGGAAAAACAGUUUCAAACAAACAAGUGGCCCAGUCCACAGUUUUGCCAACUUCAGACAACGGUCUCCACUCAAACUUUUGCCUGGAUCAUGUCACAGAAACAAAAGGUUCCAAAGAGAGCACUCAGGAUCUAAAGAAACAACAGUUUGGUUCUGAAGCAGAAUCCAAAAAGGAAUUCCUAAACAAGGCAGCAGAUUUUAUUGAGGAGCUUUCUUCACUUUUCAAAGCACAUAAAUCUAAAAGAAUAAGACCUAAAACGUGCAAAAACUACAGGAGCAAACUUGAAUCUAAAAAUAAGGCUGCUCAAGAAGGUAGCCCUAGUUUCCCAAAGCUGUCAGAAAAGAGAGAACGACCUUCUAUUCCAGUACCUCAAGACUUGGAUAAUAAAGCAGAGCAUAUACUUGAAAAAACAAAUGAUCAACAGGAGGAAAACUUGGAAGCUAUAAAUCAAUUAGAAAGUACAGACUUAACAACAGAGGCAGCACCCACAUCUUUAUAUUUUGAGGAGCCUAUCGGACAGCCACCACGCUUUACACAAAAACUGAAAAGCAGAGAAGUUCCUGAAGGAACCAAAGUGCAGUUGGACUGCAUUGUGGUAGGAAUUCCAGCACCUGAAGUCAGGUGGUACAGUGAAGGAAAGGAGCUUGAAAACUCACCAGAUAUUCACAUUAUCCAGUCAGGAGAUCUGCACUCAUUGAUUAUAGUUGAAGCUUUUGAAGAGGACACCGGACGUUAUUCUUGCUUUGCUUCAAACAUCUAUGGGACAGACUCAACUUCUGCAGAGAUAUACAUAGAAGGUGCCUCCUCUUCUGAAUCUGAAGGUGAAAUUAGCACAGAAGAAAUGGAUCAAGUCCAGAAACCAACUGAUGUCUCUUUGAAUGCACCAUCUCCUGCUACUAACACUACAACCACUCAUCAAGAGACACCAAAGGUGCCAUCUACUGUGGGUCAGCCAGUUUAUCAGAGUCAAAGCCCCACUAAUUAUUUGCAAGGAUUGGAUGGAAGACCCUUAAUAGCUGCUCCUGUGUUUACAAAGAUGCUACAGGAUAUUUCAGCUUCUGAGGGUCAGCUGGUUGUCUUUGAGUGCAGGGUGAAAGGAGCUCCUUCUCCAAAGGUUGAAUGGUACAGAGAAGGGACAUUAAUACAAGAUUCUCCAGAUUUUAGAAUAUUACAAAAAAAACCUCGAUCUAUGACUGAGCCAGAGGACAUUUGCACUUUGGUAAUUGCUGAGGUGUUUUCAGAAGAUUCUGGGAAUUUCACAUGUACUGCAAGCAAUAAAUAUGGCACCGUCUCUAGCAUUGCUUGUCUAACUGUUAAAGGGCCUGAGGACCAUAGCAAUACUGCUGCCCUUCAUACAAUGAGUUCAAUCAACUUAAUUGCUGCUGAACAACAUCCUACCCCACUCAUCCCUUCACUUCCAGUGGUGGAUCAGCCCCCAAAACCUAAAUUAGAAGGGGUUCUUGUGAACCACAAUGAACCCAGGUCAAGUUCUAAGAUAGGCCUGCGGGUGCACUUUAAACUGCCUGAAGAUGAUAAAGAAAGUGAAACAUCAUCAGAAGAUGGAGGAGUAUCUGCAAACCAGAUUAGACCACACUACUUCCAGGAAAGUAGUGGACAGACAAUGAAAAUACCAGAGCCAACCUCACCUACAAAAGAGCCCCCUCCAGUACUGGCUAAACCAAAACUCGAUCCCACCCAGUUACAACAGCUCCACAACCAAGUCUUGCUUGAACAGCAGCAUCUACAGCAGCCAUCUCCCACAUCUCCAAGAGAACUGCCAUUCAACACAGGUAUAUUGAACUCUGCUACUUCAUUCAACCAGCAGUCUACAUCAACUAUAUACAAGCAGGCCAAAGCCUCUCCUUCCCAGACAUUCAGCUAUACCCGACCGAAACAGUUCCUUGUUUCCCAGAACACCACACCACCUAUCAACUCCCCUUCCAGCUCCCCAGUGCCUACAUUCAACAGCAUGCCUCAAGGAACCGAAAGAACAAUGAACAAGGAAAAUUUCGUAGGAUCUCCUCCACCAAUCCAGACAAGGUCUCCAGGAAGGUUUACAAGCCAAAGUGAGCAGCCUCUAGCAAGUCCCAAAGAAUCAGUGUUGCCUCCACUAUUGCUUUCUAUAUCUAGCCUGAACCAGUUUCAGCCCCACAGCGUACUUCCUACUCCUGUCUCUCCAAUCAGCCGGAUUCAGAACCCAGUAGCCUUUCUCAGUUCUGUCCUUCCUUCACUUCCUUCUAUACCACCAACCAAUGCUAUGGGUCUGCCUAGAAGCGCACCAGCUGCAGCAACCCAUGGACUAAUGAAGAAAAAUGUAAAGCCCCAGCAAUUAACAACAGAUGAUUAUAUUCAUGACAAUAAAGCUGCAGUUGUAAGGGACCUGCAGAGAAAAAUGAAUUUCAAAGAGGAAGUCCAUCGACAUAGUAGUCAGCAGAGAACAACAUAUGAUGAAAAACUGACCCGCAGACUUCAGGGACCAAGCAAUGAUUCCCCAGUCUUCAACUAUCUAACUCAGGAUGUAUCAAAGGAAUACAAGAUUUCAAGCUUUGAACAGAGGUUGAUGAAUGAAAUAGAGUUUCGACUGGAACGCACCCCAGUGGAUGAAUCAGAUGAUGAAAUCCAACAUGAUGAAAUACCUAUGGGCAAGUGCAUAGCACCCAUCUUUGACAAGAGACUCAAGCAUUUUCGGGUCAUGGAAGGAUCUCCUAUUACAUUCACCUGCAAAAUUGUUGGAAUACCCAUACCCAAGGUAUAUUGGUUCAAGGAUGGCAAGCAGAUUUCAAAGAAAAAUGAACAUUGCAAAAUGAAGAGAGAGGGAGAUGGAACAUGUUCUCUACACAUUGAAGCUACUACUAAUGAUGAUGAUGGAAACUAUACAAUAAUGGCUGCAAAUCCUCAAGGAAGAAUCAGUUGUUCUGGCCACUUGAUGGUUCAGACUGUUCCCAUGCGUGGCCGAUUAACAACUACUCAGUCUCAUAGAGCAAGGUCCCGUGUGCAAGAAGGAGAUAAAGAACCACUACAAGAACGCUUUUUCCGGCCAUAUUUUUUGCAGGCACCUGGAGACAUGGUAGCUCAUGAGGGGCGACUUUGUAGACUGGACUGUAAGGUGAGUGGGUUACCAACUCCAGACCUGAUGUGGCUUCUGAAUGGCAAACCUGUAUUACCAGAUAGCACUCACAAGAUGUUGGUCAGAGAGACUGGUGUUCACUCUUUGCUUAUUGAUCCUCUCACACAAAAUGAUGCUGGAACUUAUACUUGCAUUGCAACCAACAAAACAGGACAAAAUUCAUUUAGCCUGGAGCUCAGUGUUGUAGCAAAGGAAGUCAAAAGAGCCCCAGCAUUCCUGGAGAAGUUACAGAAUUGUGGUGUGCCUGAAGGGCACCCAGUCAGAUUAGAAGGCAGAGUGAUUGGAAUGCCACCACCAGUAUUCUACUGGAAGAAAGACAAUGAAACCAUCCCUGCAAACAGAGAAAGGAUGAGCAUGCAUCAAGACACAACAGGGUACGUCUGCCUUUUGAUUCAACCUGCCAAGAAAGUAGAUGCUGGUUGGUACACUCUGUCUGCGAAAAAUGAAGCUGGUAUUGUUUCAUGCACUGCUAGACUUGAUAUAUAUGCCCAAUGGCACCAACAGAUUCCACUACCAAUAAAGUUUCGACCUAGUGGUAGCCGGUAUGCAAACCUCACUGGUCAAGGACUCGACAUUUUUUCUGCCUUUUCAGCUGUUGAAAGUCCAAAGUUGUUUUCAUCCCCAUCCCAGAGCGUGGUAGAAAGUGAAGAACUUUAAAAACCUACAGUUCCAAUUAUACCCACAGAAAUAUUAGAACUAUGGGGAAAAAAAAGAGAGAGAGAGAAGGUACAAACCAAGAGACUCAAGGUUUACAAGCUACUUGUUUUUAGUAAGUGUUCUGCUGCUGGAACUGCUGCAAGUUACAUAUUGUACAAGAUGUCUGCUUGUAUUUUACUCCAGUAUGAUUAUUGUAUAGAGUGUAGCGCAAAAAGUUCAGUGCUAUGUCUUUUUCUGAGAAUCUCAGAGUGAAGAGACAUAGUUUUAGCACUUAAAAAUCAACACCAUUUUUUAAUGCUUCAGUUAAAGCUCCUGUAACAAGCAAAGUUAAGGAUUUGUGGUUUUUAAGUGGAUACUGCCAAUGAAAGGACUGACACUGUGAUAGAGAGUAAAGAAUGUGACUUUGAAUGUAAUCCUAAAAGGAUUUGCAUAAGGAAAAGAAAAGAAGUUGGAACAUAAUUUUUGUAUGUGAUCAUACUAGAUAAACAUAGCAUUUCAUGGAGGUACAGCUAUAUACAGUAUACAUUUAUAUUUGUGUGUGUGUGUAUAUAUGUAUGUACAUACCAUGCCAUGUGUACUCAUGGUGUUUUGAAACAUACAGUAAGAUAUAAGGCAUGUGCUUAGAAAAUUAACACAUGAAACUAAACAUCCUAUUUUGUAUGAAGCACAUACUGUAGAGAUCACAGCUGAAACUACUGUAUAUUUCCAUGUAUGUUUCAUAUUUGUUCCUUUUCAGUUUUAGUGACUCCCUGAUUUUAAACACACAGAAUACUGUUCUUGUAACUUCAUGGUUUUUAAAUUCAAGUCUCUUUUUCCACGAGUUUUUGACAUGCCUAGACAAAAAAAGCACAUCAUAUGACUCAUUUGCUAAACUGACUAAAGAGGAACUGUGGCCUGCUGCAGUAAAAACUUCUUUCAGGAUCAUUUAGAAAACUUAAUCACAGGUAGAGUUCCUACUGUUAAAACAGGGGAAAAAUCCAUCUGUAACAUGCAAAGAAGGUUAUAAUAUUUAAGAAACAUAGUGGUUAGUAUAAACAACUAAAGUAAGUAUUGUACCCUGAUAAAUAGUAGGUAAACCAGGGAAUGCUAUAGGGGGACGAUAACGAAGGAUAUUUAAUAACAGCACUAAAACAAACACUUUCAGUAUAUUUCUCUUUUACAUAAUUUUAUUGACACCCUUCUGACCCCAAUGAUUAGAGGUUAGGAAUGUAUCUGAUGAUUUCUUGCACAUGAUUUGGACUUUAUUUUCAGCAGUUCUAACUCACUACUUUAAACUUGAUCAGGGACAGCCAUGGGGUCCUCACUAGAAUCAUACAGGGGCUUAAAGAUCACCUUUACAGAUGCUGUAAUUUUAGGUUUUAUUUGGCUUGCUUUGCAAUUCAGUGUUUUUUCACAGUUUAAAAAAAGGUACUAAAUUCGGAGAAAGAAAGAAGAGAUUAAAGCAAG